AUGGUACGUACUCCGUUAUUAAUCGAAACGCAUCCCUCCAAAAGAAAUAAGUUAUUGGCUACUGAAAGUUGUGAUGGUGAAGGAGGUUGUAGUGGGAGGACGGCAGACCUAUCUGGUAACCUUCCAGACCAAGUUGCCGAUCACAUUCUUUCCUUCCUUGCUAUAACGGACCUCGCUCGUUUCGUCUGUGUGUCGAAAAGAUGCAGAAAACUUUACCUAUCAACUCCUAAGUUGGUUUCUGAUGAAUUUUCGGAGGCGAAUGCGUCCGAGUGUAAUCAAAGGCUAAAGUUGUUGAGUUAUUUGGAUAGAUUAAUUUCUCACCGCGGGGAUAAUAGGAUAGAGUGCUUUCGUUUUCGUUGGUAUAAACACAAUGCAGACAACGGUGACGAAACACCAUGCUCCUGUGUUCAUGAGAACUUUCGGAUGCUCACGUGGAUCCAGAAUGCAGUAAGGUGUAAUGUCGAAAAGCUUGAUCUUGAUAUGACUUUAUAUGAUUAUGAGGAGGAACUGUUUCCGUCUUGCAUCUUCCUUUGCAGAUCUUGGAGGUCUCUAGUGGUGAACAUGAAUUGUACAAUAGUUAAAACUCCUCGCCGUAAUUUUUCCUCUAAUCUCAAGUACUUGGAGUUGGGAUAUGUCCGUGUAGGAGAUGAGGAUUUUUUCAAAUGGGUCUCAUGUUCCUGCAAAUGCAUUGAGGAAUUUAACAUUAGUGGGACAGAAACUAUCACCAUUGAGAGCUCGUCAUUGAAAAAGUUACAUCUUUCUAAUUACCGUAACGAAAUUUGCCAUAUUAAUAUCUCAGGUGAGAAACUUGAAGACUUAACUAUUGCCUGGGUGUUUGAUUCACCAAACGAAAAUUCCUUAAGUAUUUGUGCUCCAAAUCUUAGGGAUUUGAAAUGGGUCGGAAAUCUGAUGAACCGCCUAAAGCUGGGAAAAUUAGAACGCUUAUUUGCUGCCGGGGUUUUAUUGCAGCCCGAAGUAGACGACUCAGACAAUGCGUUUGAGGUUCUUUGCAGUUUAUGCAGGGCUAAGUGUCUUGUUCUAAAGUACCAUAACCUUUUAGCCUGAUAAUUUUUCUUGGCAAAGACCAACCUUUUCAAUUUAUUUUUAUAACAGUUUCAUUAACUAGAUGAAAUUCAUUUUUAUGCUACGUUCUGUCGAGGAACAUGAAAUUUAGAUGUGUUAAACAUGCAUUUUAAAUCUGCAGGCUCCAUUUAAGAAAGGAUCCAGACAAGCUUUAUCAUGCGAUGCACUCUCGUUGUAUCUGAGCAUCGGAAGCACUCAAACACAUCUCUCGACAACCCUAAAUCUAAUACAUUUGGGUUCAAUGUAAAAUAUUGGAAGAUGCAAAAUCUUGCUUUUAUUGAUCAGCUUGCUGUGGUUCUAAUGGAAUUGAGUUAGCUACGUAUGUGCUCGAGUGUGCCCCAGAUUUGCAGGAAAUGGUCGUACUUUUGUCACCGCAGCAUAUGGCGAAAGUUACGAGUCUUACAACAACGUUGGUGGGAUGCAAUAAGAUUUCCAGUGCCGAAGUUAUCAUUCGGGAAAAGCAACCAAGAGAAGCAAAACAUGGGUUUUAAUUGUAUGUAGAUGUCACAGCCUCAGUUCUCGGAAUUUAUCCGGCAAUGUUAAUUAGCUCUGCUGUAUACUUGCGUUCGUCUUUGUGCUCUGUUUUAGCAAAGUAUCGGGUGGACGAUCGAUCGUCCGUAUCAACUCGAUGGAAUGCAUAUGGGCAUGGGAAUUACAUUAUUUUCAUAGAUACGAUUAACAUGUUUUUUAGGGUAUACAACUAACAAGGACAUCCAUCCACACUCAUUGGUAAUAUAAUUAGAUUGAUAUUUUUGGAGAAAGUUGUUUAUAUUACAAACAAGUAAUUUGAAUUGCAUAGCCAGAGUGCCUUUGCUUUCCA